AUGCCCACUCAACUUGAAGACUUGGUUUCUUUUCUACACUCUCCCCAGCCCGCUGUGAAACAAAUCGCUCUUGAUAAUCUAGUGGGAUUUAGCACUGGAGCGAACGCUGCUAUCUUCAAAUAUGACAACUACAGGGCAAUUCAGGACUUGAAAGAACUGGCACAAGAAAAUUCGAGACUUUUGGUACAACAAUCGGUGACAAUCCUGGCAAAUCUUUGCGAUGACCCAACCAUGAGAAGGCUCAUCGCUGACGACCGUGACUUCCUCGAGUUCUUGGCGUGGAAGAUCUGCGACCUGCAAAACUCGAGUGCCGACAUUAUGUGCAUUCUGCUUACAAACUUGGCUAAGGAAGACUACAUAACUCGGAUUCUAACAUUGGCCAAAAAAGACGCCGGCGACGCUGGUCUGGACAAGAGUGUUUUCAAAAGCGGCAAAGCCAUGGAUUGUCUCAUGGACUGCUUCGUCAAGGGUCCUGACAGAACUCUGAACAAGUUUGCCAAUUUCGAUUAUCUAGCAUACUUCUUCGCCGACUUGUCCAGGUUUCGCAUGGGCAGAGAAUACUUUAUCCAAGAACAAGAAUACGACGGCAUUGUGCCAGUAUCAAAACUGCUGGUGUUCACGGAAAAGUACGACUCAAAAACUAGACGUGAGGGUGUCGCCUCCACGAUCAAAAACUCGCUUUUCGAUUCCGAAAAGCACGAAGAACUUCUACUCAAUGAAAACAUUAACCUGCUACCGUACAUUCUUCUGCCAAUAGCCAGUGCAAAAGACUCUGAAAUCGAUGAUGAGGAUAUGUUUAAGUUGCCCGACGAGCUACAGCUUUUGCCCGAAGACAAAACGAGAGAUCCCAUUCCUGAAAUCAUUUGCGUUCAUUUAGAAAGCAUCCUGCUCCUGUGUACCACUAAAGUCGGCAGAGAAUACCUCAGAGAAAAGUCAGUUUAUCCUCUCGUUAGGGAACUUGAAAAAAAUGUCGAAAACAAUGACAUUAGCGAGCUUUGCGACCGCGUUGUCAAUAUGUUGAUGAGAGGGGAGAUCGGGAACGACCAGAUCGAAGAACUUCCCACAAGAAGCGCAGACGAUGAUCAAGAACAGCACAUACAGGAAAAUGAGGAAAGCGAUGUUGACGAUGAUGACGAUGAUGACGACGACGCAAUUGUCGAGGUCGCAUAA